AUGCCUCGCAAGAAAGCCGUCUCCUCCACCGACGUCACAGGCGUUCCAAAGCCAGUGUCACCUCGGUCUACUAGGGCUGGUACGAAGCAGGCAAACGCUGCACCUGCUUCCACUGCAGCUUCAGUAUCCCAACCAGCAAAACCCGUCUCCAAACCAAAAUCAUCCAAGGCGAAGCGCGUCCGCGACGACGACGACGGCGAAGAUGUCGCCCCUUCUAAAAUUGCCAAGCUGAAUAAGGACGAUGACACAAGUGUUAAAAAGGCCGACAACGAAGGGAAGAAGAUGGCAAGUAUUCCCGUCACUGUCGUGAAACGAGGUGCUGCUCCGGUAGAUCCAACGUCCGGUUUCACUUUAACACAUCAAGUUUACUCGAAUGCUGAAAGUGUUUGGGAUGCAAUGCUCAACCAAACUGAGGUUGGCUCUAACAAGAAUAAAUUCUAUGUGAUACAACUGCUGCAUCCUAUUGGCAAUGAUACCCAAUGCUCCCUCUUUACGCGUUGGGGCCGCGUUGGUGAGAAUGGUGCAAGCCAAACCAAGGGACCGUGGCCAUCUGCUUCUGCCAUUAACGAGUUUAAGAAGCAGUUCAGGUCGAAAUCCGGCGUUGCAUGGCCCCAACGCUUUGGCAUGGUGGCUGCGAAGGGGAAAUAUACAUGGCUAGGUAGACGCAGUUCGAUGAAGAUAGCAAGGCGGAAAGUAGUGGUAGCAUUCCCCAAAGAAGAUGAACCUGUUCCGGAUUCCAAGUUAUUACCUGAGUUGCAGGCAUUCUGCAAUCUCAUCUUCUCAUACAAACUCAUUGAUGCUCACUUGUCAUCGAUGAAUUACGACGCCAAUAAGCUUCCCCUUGGCAAACUCGCGAAGUCAACUAUUCUCAAUGGAUUUGCGGCAUUGAAGAAACUUGCGGAAGCGAUAGAAUAUCCGGACGGCGAUAUGGCGAAGUCUCUGGGUGGCUUUCAAAACGCCUGUGAAACGCUUACUUCGGAAUACUAUUCCAUCAUCCCUCAUGUGUUCGGGCGUACGAGGCCCACUGUAAUCAGGGAUCAGGACCUUUUGAAAAGGGAACUGACCCUUGUCGACGCUCUGGGAGACAUGGAAAUCGCUCAUAAACUCAUAAAUAACUCCACCAAUGUUGAUGACGAUGGGAAGCCACUUAACCCGCUGGACGCGCACUUCCGUUCGCUGGGUCUCAGUUCAAUGGACCCUAUCGCUCGAAACAGUUCUGAAUUCAAGGCUCUCGCACACUACACAUCCGACACACAUGGACAGACGCAUCACUUCAGGUCGGAGAUUUUACAUGCAUUCAGGGUGGAGAGAGGGACAGAGACUUCUGCAUGGCUCGCGAAGGGUUACGAUAAGCUUCCUGCUGGUGAUCGGAUGCUCUUGUGGCACGGUUCCAGGACGACCAACUUCGCUGGUAUCCUCAAACAGGGCCUUCGGAUCGCCCCUCCGGAGGCGCCCGUUACGGGCUACAUGUUCGGCAAAGGUGUCUACUUUGCAGAUAUGAUGUCAAAAUCUGCAGGCUACUGCUACGCUAGUUUGAGUAACAAAAUCGGCGUGUUACUCCUCUGUGAGGUGGCUGUAAAACCGUUCCUCGAGAUGAACAAUGCAAAUUACAAUGCAGAUGAAGAUUGCAAGAAAAGCCAGAAAUUGGCGACAAAAGGGGUAGGGAUAACACAACCUACCAAUUGGCAAGAUGCUGGUAUAGCGCUUGGCCACAAAGAACUUGAGGGCGUUUACAUGCCCAAGGGAGAGGCAUCGCAGAUCAGCCCCCCUGGUGCAUUCCUUAUGUACAACGAGUACAUCGUUUAUGACCCAUCCCAGAUUCGCUUGAGGUACUUGCUUAUGGUAAAGAUGGAUUGA